UCUUCCAGUUGAAAUCUGCAGUGAGUUAGGUCUGUCAGUCAGUAAAGGGUUAAAGUGGGAGUUUGCAGCAGUCUCUCCUUUCUGUCCACGACAGUUAGCGGAAAACAUCUGACUGCUGCUCGUUUUCAGAAGGCUGUGUUUGGUUUUACUCAUUUUGUGCCGGAGCCGCGGAGGCAUCACGGGAACAAAAAUCACUGUUUCGAAAGCAGGAUUUCAACAUCUUACUGCGCGCUUUCAAACAGGUAGGAAAGCAUGUGUGGGUGUUAAGAGUCAUCUGUUUGGUUGACCUCGCUGCCCCUGAACACGGAGCUGCCGCUUGCCUAACCCCCCGACUGUCCACUUGUCCAGUGAGACUCACUCCACAGCAUGUCUGCAGAGGUGGAGAACAGCGUGCCCGUCCCUCCCGAUCCCAGCAUCGCAUCCCCAUCUACAGCCUCGACCAACACCCCUCCCACCUCCCCUACAUCAGCCACAUCCAAGGUCCCUUUCAAGAAAGAGAAGAAGAAAGUCCCAGAGAAGACAGAUGAGUACCUGCUGGGCAGGUUUCAAGGGGAUGGCGUAAGGUACAAGGCCAAGCUGAUUGGCAUCGAUGAUGUUCCAGAGGCCAGAGGAGACAAGAUGUGUCAGGACUCCAUGAUGAAACUUAAGGGUAUGGCAGUAGCUGCUCGGACCCAAGGCAAACACAAACAGAGGAUCUGGAUCAACAUUUCCAUGUCGGGAAUCAAGAUCAUUGAUGAGAAAUCGGGAGUGAUUGAACAUGAGCAUGUGGUGAAUAAGAUCUCCUUCAUCGCCAGAGAUGUAACAGACAACAGGGCGUUUGGAUAUGUGUGCGGAGCAGAAGGGCAGCAUCAGUUCUUCGCCAUAAAGACUGCACAACAGGCAGAGCCCCUGGUCAUUGAUCUGAAAGACCUCUUCCAGGUCAUCUUCAACCUGAAGAAGAAAGAGGCAGAGGCCUCACAGAAGGGGGAAAGCAGCAGCACUGUAGUUGAGAAUGGAGGUGGUGCCUCGCUAGGUAUGGAUGGUGAAGUGAAAACUGCUCAACCAGUGGAGCAGCUUGACCUGUUUGGAGCCAUGUCGACCCCUCCAGACAUCCAGGCUCCAAAUGGAUCUAAUGAUAUUCUCUUGCUGGACUUUUCUGCUGAAGUUGACAGCAAUCAGAAUUGCAUAAAGGGAACCUCCUUUGUAACUUCCUGUGCCCCUGACCGUAGGGCAUCUCCCCAGACAGAGAAUCCUUUUUCCUCAACAUUUGGCUACUUUCCAACCCCAGACAGUGACCCUUUCAGAGACGACCCCCUUUCUAAAUCACCAACUUGGUCGGAACCCGAUAAUUCACAGAUCUCCCUCAGCACCACUAAUCACCUAAACAGCACUGCUGGCAACACUUGUAAGACAAUUAUUAACGGUGGUUUGAAUGGAGACUCUGAACACCUCAGUCAGCAGAUAAAUGACUUAUCCAGUAAGACCAUGAUCCUCGCUCUCAGUAACGGACAGUGGCCACUAGGGGGCAAAAUAACUCGGGGCAACCCAAUUACCAUGAUGGACGGGAAUGAAUCUGGAACAGUUCUCUCAACCAAAAACCCAUUUUUUGACUCCUCUUUGAAAACUACCCCUGUCUCUAAUGGCAUAACUCAUCACCCACAACCCCCAGUCACUCAUAGCAAGGAUUCAGUUGUCAUAAGCCCGCCUCCGCAGAGCUCUAAGUCUGGACGAGGUCGAAGGAGCGCAAAGUCCACAGCAAGUGACCUGUUUGGAGCAGAGCUAUUUGCUGCUCCUGGUCAUUCUGAAGGGUCACCUGCCUCAGGGGACCUUUUCAACAGUAUACCUGCCAACUCCACUUCCUCCUCCAUAGCUGCUCUGGGGAAUCUUCAGUUAGGUCCUCCAGCCAGCACAGGUAUCCCUGCUGCAGGCAUGUGGGGAGCCUCCGUUGCUGCACCUUCCAUGUUCCCCAUGCCAGGAGUGACCUCUCCCGCUCCUAGGCCCACCUACCCACAGCCAUCUGCCUUUGGUGGCCUACCCAUACCGCCCACAGCCUGGGGCCAGCAGGUCCCCUCUCACUACAGUUCCGCACCCUUAUCCCCACCCCACCUCAACUGGGUCCAGCCUCCACCAGCUGGUCCACUUGGUGCUCCAGGUUGGGGUCAGCCCGCCAUGACCAAUCCUUUCCAGACUGGCCAGUUCCCUGGAAUGGUUGACCAGCAAGGUCCGUCCCGCCCUCCUCCUAGGCCACCUGUUAAGGAGGCCCCUCCAAAGGUGGAGAACAGUGCCUUCACAGCUUUGGACCCUCUUGGAGAUAGAGAGAAGAAGACUGGAAAGGACAUGUUCAAGGACUUCCAGAUCGCCAAACCCCCUGCCAUCCCAGCGAGGAAAGGGGAGCUGGGGUCCAACUCUGCUCCAGCCCCCAACAGCAACGAAGCCGGGGCAUUUGAUCAGUACUUUUCCAGUAAAGUGGGCCUGGCUCAGGAUAAUGCAGAUCAUGAUGACUUUGAUAUCAAUCAAAUGUCAGCAGGUGUUAACGAUGUUACUAAACCAGCUCCUGCUCUAGCUGCAGCCCCAGCUCCAUGCUUUAACCCUGGCCUCCUCGAUGCCGCCUUCUCUUCUGUUCCCAUCGCAAACAAUUUGGCACCGGUCCAAAGACAAGGCCCCAAUCAGGACAUGUUUGAUAAAGCAUUUGGGGCUCCAGAUUCCAGUCUUUUUGGAGUGCCACCUGUAGCCAUGCAGACUGCUGCUGUUGGUCAGACUUCUGGUUCAGCCGCUGCUUUUGGGGAUCCUUUUGGAAAUCCUUUUGCUUGACCAUAACUUUGUCGAUAAUUGAAAUGGAGCAAAUGGAGAUCUUCACAUCAAAUAACAUCUUUGGGACAAGCUGCUACAACGUGCGCAAGACAAUCCAAAUGAUGAAAUGAUGAACUUUUCUAACUCUUGUCCCAGACCCACCCUUCUUACACCUCCACCUCUGAUGCUGUUUUUUUCUAUCCAAUCAGUAGUUCCCUUAUUUCUAAAGACCACUGAUCUAAGAAGUAAAUGUUAUGUCCUGAUCUGCUGAAGGAAGAAAUGUGAUGUGUGAGAGAAGGCAUGUCCAAAGAGGUUCACUAUUGAUACUGUCUGUGUUAAAGAAAUAAAGUAAUUCAGUCAUAACGCUGCAA